CCGUUCUCUAUCUCCGGUGAUUCACAACGGUAGCACCGACGGCGAAUAGCUGCGUGAUCUCCUCCUAGCGACAAAAUUUGAGCUAGGAGAUAGUGACCCAUAACCCGAACGACCCCCUGGAUAGAACACCCAUAGCCUUUAGGGUUCAAAUCUACAAAAUUGAACUCAUUCGAACUCAAUCCUGCAAAGACUCAAGCUUUACGACCUCUUUAUUCUAGUUCAAGCUUUACAACUUUCCAAAGCAUGGAUGAUGUUUGAGGCGCGAGAGAAGGGAGAACGAUGAGGUUUUUGUGCGUGAGAACGAUGAGGUUUUUGUGCGUAAAACAAGUUCUAUAUUUGAGAGGCUUGAGAGAAUCCUCAAGUUUUCCAUGGCUUUUUUCUGCCAUUUCCUAUUACUCAGAUACUCCCUCAAAGAAGUCUAAACUUGCCCCUUUACAGGAGAGGAGAAUGAUAGACAGGUUUAUGAUGUAUGCCAAAGGAGGUGAUGGUGGAAAUGGAUGCCAUAGCACUCGCCGUAGUAGGCAGGAUCGCCACGGCCAACCUGAUGGUGGAAAUGGUGGAAGGGGGGGCAAUGUCAUUCUUGAAUGUUCCGCUGCUCUCUGGGACUUCAGCAGUUUGAAGCAUCAUAUCAAUGCAGGUAGAGGAGGACAUGGAUCUUCAAAAAAUAUGAUUGGAACCAGGGGUGCAGAUAAGAUUGUUCAAGUACCUAUUGGCACUGUCAUUCAUCUUGUGGAGGGUGAUGUUUCUAGUGUAGUCGAACAUCAUUCGCCAACAGAUUUAGACCCCUGGCAGAUUCCAGGCGCACUAGUUGAUGAUCUCUCUAGUAGUUCCUCCCAGAAGUCUCUUGGAUAUUCAAAUAGAGGAGAGGAAGUUGAAUCGACCUUCACCAAUACUCUCUCAUCGUGUAAUAAUGGUAACGAUAAUGCUAAAAGUUCGUCAUUCAGGAGGGAAACCUCGGAAGUUGCAUCAACCAAUGAGAUUUCCCAAGUUCUUGCACCUCCCGACGAACUCGAAAGUUCAAUCGAUGAUGAUGAUACUACAGAAAGUGAAGAAAUGAGAUACAAUGUUGCAGAAUUGACUGAAGUAGGACAACAAAUAAUCAUUGCUCGUGGAGGGGAAGGUGGUUUGGGUAAUGUUCAUGCUCUCAAAUUUUCAAAGAAGCCUAAAGGCUCAAUGGCUGUGAGGCAAGAGGACGAGUUCAUAAACUCUGAUGAAUCUGAAAUCAACGAGUCCAGAGAGCGAAUUGGUUCACCCGGGACUGAGACCGUGCUUGUUUUAGAACUUAAAAGCAUUGCCGAUGUUGGCUUCGUCGGGAUGCCAAAUGCUGGAAAAAGUACUCUUCUAGGAGCCAUUUCUCGAGCAAAGCCAAUAGUUGGUCAUUAUGCAUUUACUACUCUGAGACCAAAUUUGGGGAACUUAAAUUACGACGACUUAUCAAUCACAGUAGCUGAUAUUCCCGGACUUAUAAAAGGUGCCCACGAAAACCGUGGACUUGGACAUUCAUUCUUGCGUCACAUCGAACGCACGAGGGUUCUAGCAUACGUUCUAGACUUGGCUGCUGGUUUAGAUGGUAGAAAAGGGAUACCCCCAUGGGAGCAGCUGAGAGAUUUAGUAGCAGAGCUUGAACACCAUCAAAAGGGGUUAUCAGAUCGUCCAUCCUUAGUAGUGGCUAACAAGAUCGACGAAGAAGGGACCGAGCAAGUCUACGAGGAAUUAAAGUCAAGAGUGCAAGGAGUUCCAAUCUUUCCCGUGUGUGCCGUUUUGGAAGAGGGUGUUGCAGAGCUUAAAGCAGGUCUUAAGAGCCUUGUGAACGGCGAAACAUCUUAUAGGCUUAACAUAGAUGAAAUUAUUGUUGAUUAAUAUGUUUGAACUCUACCAUUUCGUUCCAUUUUUGCUACAGCUGAUACAACUUUAGAGACUAUUUAUGCGGCCUAGUUGAGUAGGAGGUCGUAAAAGUAUAACUUUUCGUGUUCUUCGUGGGUGACGAUCUUCAUUUGAACCUUCAUCUUAGAUUCCAAUGUUGAAAUUUA